AACAAAGAAAUAUCCUAGCAGCAGUUCUGCCUUAUUACCCAAUAGCUCACUACUUCCUUCUUACUCUACUUGGCUCCAUUUUAUCUACACAUAUUCAUGCAUGCACCUCAAGUGAAAGUACCUCUCUCAUGUCUUUCGCCCUCACUCUGUCUUCUCCUUCCUUAAAUUGGACUACCAUGGAUUGUUGCCAAUGGGAAGGCAUUACUUGUGAUGUGGCUGGUCGAGUAACCCAUUUGCACUUAUCCUCCAAAGGCCUCAAACUCAAAGGAGGUAUUUUUUCCUCAUCAUCACUCCAAAAUCUCACACAUCUCACCCACCUCAAUCUCUCUCGCAAUUCACUUUAUGGUUCUUUAGAUCAAGCCGGAUUCUUCUUGUCCUUGGGUCAUCUUGAGGUACUUGAUUUGAGUUUUAACCUUCUUUCUGGAGAGCUCCCAGGUUCUCUAUCAUCAUCCAAUAAUAUUCGAAUGGUGGAUUUGUCUAGCAAUCGCUUCCAUGGUGCAAUUCCAUCCUCCUUCUUCCAACAAGCAAAGAAUUUGACUUGUUUCAAUGUCAUGAACAACACCUUCUCAGGUGAAGAAAUGCCAGAUGGUGAUCACAUGGCUCACUUUGAUGGAUUCCAAAAUCUUAGGAUUUUGGCUUUGCGUGGUUGUGAGCUCACCGGUCAAAUACCCAUAUGGGUUUCUAAGCUCAAGAAGCUAGAGAUCUUGGAUAUGUCUCUUAAUAGAAUCACAGGCUCAAUUCCUACUUGGUUGGGGACUUUUCCAAUGCUCUUUUCUAUAAACUUGGGGUCCAACCUAAUCUCAGGUGAAAUUCCAAAAGAACUUUGCACACUACCAAUGUUGGUAUCUGAACAAACUGCAGCUCAAGUAGAUCAUGGUUAUCUUGAAUUGCCUUUCUUCGCUUCCCAAGCCGUGCCUGAUGCAAGCAUUUUACAGUUCAAUUCUUUGUCUUACUUUCCGCCAUCUAUAUUCUUAGGCGACAAUAGCAUCAGUGGCAAUAUACCUACUGAGAUCGGAAAGUUGCAACUUCUCCGUACAUUGGAUCUGAGCGCCAACCAGCUGUCUGGCAACAUUCCGGACCAAAUAUCUGAUCUCAAAAACUUGGAGACGUUGGAUCUUUCAGUGAAUCAUUUGUCUGGAGAAAUCCCACCUUCAAUGACGAGUCUUAGUUUCUUGUCAUCUUUUAAUGUCUCAUCUAAUAACUUGGAAGGAGAAAUACCAAAAAGCACUCAGCUCCAAGGCUUGAAUGUCUCAGCAUUUGAGGGGAAUCCGGAGCUUUGUGGUUCCCCGCUACUAAAUCUGUGUCAAUCAUUCAAUGGUACUGAUUUAGAUGAUGAUAAGAAUGACGGGAAUCAAAUUCUAGGGUUGCAUAUUUCCGUUGUGCUUGGCUUCACUAUAGGGUUGGUGGGAGUUUGUGGUUCAUUAUUGCUUAUCAAGACCUGGAGAGAUGCAUAUUUCAAAUUCCUGAAUAAUGUACAAGAUAGGCUCAAAUGCUGAAUGAGAUUGGACAGUUAGCAUGAGAAGCGGUCGGAAAGAAUUCUUAUGAGGUAAGAGGAUUGUACUUUAUACUUAAACCCUAUCAGUAAUUUCAGUGUAUUUUUGUUUUUGCUUAAUUAUGUAAGGCAUAGAGUUUGUUCCCAUAAUAUUCUGGUCUUAGAUAGUUGUAUUGGUUUUGUCCAAAAAAAUUGUAAUCGUGAAUUCGUGAUAAUUACAUAUGUGUGAAUAAUUAUGCAUUCUUUCUAUCA